AAUUGCCUAAUUAACCCUAAUGGCAGCUUCAUUCACAAAACAUGCAAUUUAAUUAUAACUUCACAUAUUUUUUCGUGUAAAGCAACGAGCGCCUUCGUCUCACACGUACUCGUAUUUAUAGAAAUCCAAAUUGUUUGAUCAAUAAAAUUUGUGCCGCACACAAGAUGAUUUUUUAUCAAAAAGUGAUGUUUGUUUGGAAAAAACUGAUAAAGAAAACCAUUUCUAAAAUUUUCAAGCCCCUUAAAAAAACGCUACUUUAAAAACAAACCAUGGGUAAUACCGAAAGUAACGUUACUAGUGGUGUUAAGAAGCAAGCUGGUGCUUCAGUGCAACCAAUUUAUAAAUUAUGCGAUUUGAAAGGGGGAGGGCUCCUAGUGGAAUUAAUGAAACGGGCCACACAAAACAAGCAAUAUGCAGAACUAGACCACGCAAUAAAAACCAAGGUGGAGCACUUUUUGUACAAUAAAGGGGCUGGACGGUAUUUCACAAUAUCGGACUUGGUUCUUUUGAGGAAUAAGGAAAGGUCUCGCCAGAAAUGGUUACCACAAUUGAAAGCAAUGGAAAACCCUGAAGAUUUUGAAAUUGAUGAUGAAGGCCCCGAAAUAACAGAAGAACAGUAUCAAAAAAAUCCGCAUUUGUACCGUCACGUUUGCUGGAAAAUCAAGGAACGCGGAGCCGUGGGCGAAAGCAUAAUGCACUUGUGUUUGCUAAAUGCCACUUCCUUGCACGCUGAUAUCGCAAAGAGGCUUUUACGCUUUUACCCCAAAUUGAUUAACGAUAUUUACAUGUCGGAUGAAUAUUACGGAGAAAACGUUUUGCACAUUGCUAUCGUAAACGAGGAUCCGUCAAUGGUAAAAUUCCUUCUAGAUUCGGGUGUAAAUAUCCAAGAACGCUGCUGUGGCAACUUUAUGUGUCCCGAAGAUCAGAAAUCGUCUCGUUAUGACUCCUUGGACCACGAGUGGGUCAACGUUUGCCCGGUCACGAAUUACGAAGGCUAUGUAUACUGGGGCGAAUAUCCUCUAACUUUCGCCGCGUGUUUAGGACAGGAAGAGAGCUUUCGCUUGAUGCUGUCCAGGGGGGCUGAUCCCGAUGCUCAAGACACCAACGGGAACACGGUCCUACACUUGCUUGUCAUUUUGCAGAAAUUGGAGGCUUUCGAUAUGGCCUACGAAGUGGGGGCCAAAUUAUCAAUCCGAAACGUGUUGAGUCUGACUCCACUAACUCUGGCCGCAAAACUUGCCAGAAUCGAUAUGUUUUUCCACAUUUUGAACUUGGAACGCGAAAUUUAUUGGCAAAUUGGCAGCAUCACGUGCGCUGCUUACCCUCUAUCGCAGAUUGAUACAAUUGACAUUGAAACGGGCCAAAUAAGCAAAACUUCAGCCCUUAAUCUUGUGGUGUUUGGUGACAAAGACGAGCACUUGGAGUUGAUGGACGGUGUUUUGAUCGACUUGCUUAAUGCGAAAUGGAACACUUUUGUCAAGUUUAAAUUCUACAAACAGUUUUUCACGUUUGCGUUCUAUUUUUUGAUCUCCCUUGUUGCUUUCACGCUACGGCCAGGGCCCCCACACAAGGAGGCCAAACUGGUGAAUGUCACAAUAAACGCCACUGUUUCAAAUACUUCCAAGUGGGAAAAUCUCACUUCUAUACCGUUCGGUAAAACCCCGGAUGAUGAUGACAGCGACAUGGAAGAAUGGUGGGACAAUUUGCAAGAAGAAUGUCGCUUGAUGCAACUAGAAUCACCCGAAUCUAAAAUUCGACUCACUGCAGAGGUUUUGAUGGUUGUGGGGGCUUUUGCAUAUCUGGCAGCCGCAGUUCGCGAGGCUAGGUUUUUAGGGGGGCGCAUGUUUUUCGAAAAUCUUAUGACUGCACCGUCAAGAGUCAUGUUUUUAUUUUCUUGUAUUUUAAUGUUAACGGUGCCAUGUUUGAGACUGGCUUGUUUGGAUGAGUUUGAAGAUAUUGUAGCUGUGGUGAUUAUGUUGACCACUGCACCGUAUUUUCUCUUCUUCUGUCGAGGUUUUAAAACAGUGGGACCCUUCGUUGUGAUGAUCUACAGGAUGGUGAUGGGUGAUUUGAUAAGAUUUGCUUCAAUUUAUCUAGUGUUUGUCAUGGGGUUUUCUCAAGCUUUUUACAUCAUUUUUCUCUCGUUUGAUAACCCACUAACCCCUGACGACGUUGACGAUUCCGCAACUAACCCCAUCUCCACCCCCAUCGAGUCAAUUAUGGCGAUGUUUCUGAUGUCAAUGACCAAUUUCGGUGACUAUUAUGCGGCCUUCGAAAAAACUGACCAUGAAUACGAAGCUAAAAUGUUGUUUGUUGUAUUUAUGGUAAUCGUUUCAAUUUUACUGAUCAACAUGUUGAUUGCCAUGAUGGGCAACACUUACCAAAAAAUCGCAGAGACAAGAAACGAGUGGCAAAGACAAUGGGCGCGAAUUGUUUUGGUUGUUGAAAGGGGGGUGAGUCCCUCUGAGCGUUUGAAACAACUUAUGGUUUAUUCACAACCUAUGUCCGAUGGAAGAAGGGCUUUAGUGUUGAGAUUAAACCAGUCUGACGAGGACAAGGAGGAAAUGAAGGAAAUUCUAGAAAUGCGGCGCAGGCAUGAAAGACACAUAAAGAAAAGAAGCGAAAAGUUGAAAGAGAAUGCAAAAAAGAAUUGAAAGCACGUUUUUGUGAACAGUUACUGUAGGUAUAAAAUUUAUUAAAGGACUUAAUUACA